AGGAAGAGGAAGAGGAAGAGGAAGAGGAAGAGAAAAAGAAAGAAAAGAAAGAGGAAGUGUCAAUAAAGAUUCUUGUAGAUCCUCUGCUCGAAAUCGAAGAAUAUGCGCAGCCCGACGCGCCGUAUCGUCUAAAUUUGGCUCUAUUAACCUCUACAGUGACAAUCGACGAUCCGAUUGAAGAACUAAUCAAAUUGCACGAAGAAAUAAUAUUAGAGAAGAUAAAGUACGAUCAUCCACCGCCAUACGUGAUGCCACCGAAGAAAACACUCGGCGUUUUGUUGGAAGCAAAAUUGGCGAAUAAAUCGGUUCCUUCGCUCGUAUCGAGAUUCUCGAUUGACUCAAAGCUGAAGAAUGAUUUACCGGUUGAUCUUACAGCGCCUACGUUAGCGGCGAUCGUGCCGCUGCCACAAGAAGACACGAAACUCUCGAAGAUGAUCAAGAUUUCUUGCACGAAGUAUUUAUAUUCGAGAUUGUCGCCGAUUCAUACGAUGCCUCUUCGAGCUAUCGACGAAAGUUACGUCCAACACGUCAAUCAAGUACUUGACGAAAACAGUCGUGAGAAAUUAAAAUCAGAAGAGAAAAGAGAACAUGUGAUAAAAACAGAAUUAUCAAAAGUGCCUUGCGAUUUACGACCAGAACUGAUACCACUUGGACCGAUAAUUAGAACUCCCGUUUUAAUAACGAAGCAUCUGACAUGUCACGAUAACAGAAAACAAGGAAACAAAUUCGAAGAAAAAAAAUAUGUUGAAAAGAGAACUCUCUGCGAUAUGGAGAAGUUUUUAUUUAAGCUAAUAUUUCCGAACUUUCAAUCUGAUUUGCAGCUAUCCGAAGAAAAAGACAAUUAUGAGAAGACAAACGAGAUAAAGAAGAAACUAGCAAUUAACGUCAGGGCUUCCGAGGUAGACCGCCUGUCGCCAGAAGUUAUCGGCUUUGUUAAAGUUGUGGACGAAGACACGGAGAUAAUACAUGGCAGUUUGAGUUUAUUAGAUCGUGCACGAGUUGAAGCUUCGCACUUUAAACCUUGUUAUUACUCAGCUAUAUUAUGUAUUCUGGCUAAGAUUGCGCUGGAUGUGGAUCAUUUUUCUGGCCGCACUCUGGAUCAGUUGAUUCUUCUGGCCGAUAAAAUCAAUCAACGAGUCGGCAGAUUACAAUACAAAGAGUACAGAUCGUUUUACGACGUGAACGUACUCGAUACGAAGUACAACGUCAUUCUGAAAGAAAUCGUUCGCGCUGACCCCGAGAGUUCUCCGUCCGACGAGCUAGAUACGACAAUUGAGAAAUUUUUAGAGAAACAUCAAACCGGUAUAUUAGUGCUAACAAAUUGCGCCUACGCAUUUUGGACCGCGAACGACAGAUAUUAUCUCUUCGAUUCGUAUUCUUGCGACGAGAAAGGUAACGCGAGCAAAGAAGAAUACUGCUGUCUUAUGAAAUUUCGCGAUUUGAAAUCCAUGAUCGACAGAAUUAAAACAAACUCCGGUGAGACAGUAAACAAACCGUUCCGACUUUAUACCGUGUCCAUCGCUCAUCUGGAAACGAAAAAGCGCAAACGAAAACGAAAGAAGACUGUCGAUCAUCAUGCGAGGAUAGAAAAAAUUGAAGAGGAGAAACAAAGUGUGCCCGCGACAUCGCCAUUGGAGUCGGAAUCAUCUUUAAUCGAGUUAGCCGAGUGGGUCACAUCAGAUCCAGAAUUAGAUUCGCAUCGACGACGUGACGUCGACGGUUUCAUGCCGCUGCAACAUUACGCGGUUUCGAUGCUCGAAGCUAGCGUUUUGGAAGACGACAUCGCGAGACCGUUUGAAAGAAUAUUUCGUAAUCGUACGUCCCUCGCAAUUUCCCUGGAUCUGUGCAUAAUGGCGUGGUCGAUAAUUCACAAUCCCAUUUCAUGGUCGAAACGCACGCUCCAGGGUCUGUUCGAAGCGAGCGUCGAUUACGCUUACGACAACGUGUUGGCGAGUGAAGAUACGUCUGUGAGCGGCACAACCGACGCAAUGCUAUCAGAAUUUGAGAUCGCAAACUACGCGUUCCGACCGGUGCUCGCGCCUCUGCAUUAUGGAUAUCUCUACGUCACCGAUGGAUGGAACCUGGCAACGACGUUGGAUAAGAUAUUCAAGAGUAACAUCUAUACGGGCGCGAUUCUCGUCUGCCGCUAUGCUCACGUAGGCAUUAUGAAGCGCGAGAACAACUACUUUGCUUGGUGGACCAUUUCGGGCACGAAGAAUCUGAGAAUGAUUGCGUCUGGUAACAUAAGCGAAUUUCUGAAGUUGAUCGUUAAGGAGAUCGACGAACCACGGCAGAUAGAAUUUGUCGUCAGAGCGGUUACAAUAUCGUUCGCUCGUAAGAUGACACCGGAUUGCGACGCCAUGGAUUUUCACGAGACAACGAUACCGAGAACGUCUUUGCUUGAGAUUCGCCGAAAAGAAUUACCUGAAGAUGACAUCAAAGCGAUCUUCAGACCAGUCGAUCGGCUGCCACAUUUCGUAUCCGGAACGGUAGCAUUGCGCGACCGAUACAGUCUGCGGGAACCGCGAGCGAAACGUUGUUACUUCGUCGCAUUGCUGGCUGUCAUAGUAAAGCGGGACGUUGUUCAAUCUCCAAUUCCGGCCAUGAUCGACAAAGUUCUUCAAGUGGCGGAAUGUUUGUAUCGAGAAUUCGUCGAGCCUAAGUUUCACUCCGAGCACAUCUUGCUAAACGUCCCGCUAAUGAACAGAGUUUUCGAUCUUCGUGACUGCGCGUCAUCUCUGGUUACAUUGACGAUCAAUCCUCGGAGCGGCAAAAAUGACUUUUACACGAAAGUAAAAAGGCAUCUGGAACGCUACUUCAAGACAAACACAAGUGGCAUAAUACACUUUAGCAACUGUUGUUACGGUUUCUGGCACUCGAGAGCAACCAAUUGUUACUACUAUUUAGAUCCCUAUCAAUGCGACACGAAAGGUAGAAGAACGUUCGCCAACGGCAACGCUUGCUUGUGCGUUUUCUCUUUUAUUUGUCAAAUGGCAAAGCAGAUGUGUCUCAAUCAGCACGAAGGCACGACUGGAUUCUUCAUUCACAGACUCCAUGUGGACUCCAUCAACACGUUGCAGUUUGUCAAGUUCCAGGAGGAUCCAAUGUGGGUGUAUUUAGAUUACCACUGGAAGUUCGUGCAUGCGAUCGCAAAAUCGUGCAAGAAACGGAAAAAUAAAAGCAAAUUUGAUUCGUUGAAAACUAAUCGACGGUUCUGGAACAAUUACGUGGUCGAAGUGGUCGAUCUGAUUUAUUCCGUUUGGGGAACGAUAGGAGCGUACGACUGUCGUUUCGGCGAGCGAGUCGGGAAGAACCGUGUCGCUAUAUGUGUGGCCGUUCUCGCGAUGCAGCAUCUUUGUCAUCCCUCGCGAUGGAGUCCGGCGAUCCUAGACUCGGCCGUGAUCUGCGGAGAUUCGUAUUACACGGAAAGCCUGAAAAGUUUCACGCAAAAAUGUUCGAAGAUCGAUAAUAGAUUCGGUUUGCGAACUUCCUUUCGUAUAUUUCCCCAUUUGUGGACCGUGAAAUUCGGCACAGAUGUUUGCGGGAUUCUUUACGGCGAUUGGAAUCAAUUGACGUUAGCCGGCGCGCUAAAAUUGGCCUUUGAGGAAGCUCCCAACGUCAUUAUCGAAUGCAACAAGAUCGCUUUGUCCACGUUGGUCGCCAAGGAUGCAUAUUACGUCAUCGAUCCUUGUUGGAUCGGUCCGCCGCUUUUCGCAAGAAAUCGCGGAGCGAUAUACGUUCUACGUUGUAAAAAUAUUAAUGCUCUUAUAUAUGCGAUCACAAAGAUGUUCAACACCAAUCAGCGACUCGCUGUUCGCGUCACGCCGGUGUUUCUCGCGUUCGAUCGAGAAGACACCGAUAUAAAUCCCGAGAUCUGCGUCACGAGUCGAAAAAUUCUGCCAAGAUCGCUGCGAAAAGAUCCAGGAAGGAUUGACGAUCCUGGAACCAUUCCCGGAGCAGUCGCGACACCGGAUGAGAGUUCUUAUCUCAGCCGUCGUAAAUAUCUCGCUCAAAGUGCGAUCGAGAAUUUCCAGUCUGACGAGUGCGAUCUGCAACCGCGGCACGCGGAACCUACGUUGAGUCCUGAAAGCGCGAAUAACACGCUUGUAAGUACGAAGUGGCGUCUAAAUCUCGGUCAGAUGUAUUUUUUGAAAAGAUCCGGACCACCGUUAGAUCCUGUCGAGAUUUUGCAACGCGAGAAAUAUGUUGAUUCCGCGAAUAAAGAUUGUCGGAUUAACUCGCGGAUUAUCGAUAGAGAUCUGACGGACGUGCGCAGAUAUUAUCCAAUACCAAUAGAUUUUGUUUGCGACAUUCCACCGCCGAGAAUAGAAUCGUUAGAGUGCCUCAGCGAGAUCGGUAGUUUUAUCAGAGAACAGAGUCGUACUAGGUUCAUCGAGAGCGUCACGGAAAUGUCUCGUAACACUUACAAGAAUUAUCGGCGUCGUUUACCAAAAUCUAAAGAAUAAUUUGAUGCUACAAAAACAUAUAUAGUGAAUGAAAGUAAAACGACAACUAAACAUGGAAAUUACAGAAAUUAAGAAUGCGCCUUAAAUUUGAGAAGUAAACAGAAAGAUGGACAGAAAGAGAAAGCGACAUUGAAGAGCCUACAAAAGAGAAGGAACACAAGUCUUUAAGAGAGUCCGUUGUUUAAGCAGAUAUGAACUGUUUUUUCUACAAAAUCCUGAUUACCUAUAAUGGAAAGCAAACUGCGAUUGAUUACGAUCUUAUGCGAUCAGAGUGCAACAUUUAUGCAAAAUUUGUGACGCAGAAAUUUGUGUUAAGAUUCUCAUUUCUCACGCUGCAAAACAGCGCAAUUAUCUUUAAAAAAAAAAAAGAAAAACAAAAAAUACUAAUGAUACACAGAGCGACUCAGAUUUGUAUCAAUUUUAAAAUUAUCUCGUGUAUUGAUAGAUCGCUUUAAUCAGCUCUAUGAAAUAUGAUUCUUCAUAGCAAUUGUAUUAUACGGAAAUUUUUUAACAAUUGCGUACUCGCAGUUUUACUUAAACAAUUGACGUAUGAAUAGUCUUUAUUAUUUAAAAACAUAACGUUUCUAUUCGAUCAUAAUUUGAAUAAGAACAAGAAGUUUAUUGCAUAAUUAUGUAAUCGGAUAUAUUGUUAGGUCAUCUUUAUUAUCAUUUGAAGUUGAGUCGUGUGAAACCUUGUCUCAAAAUUAUCUUUGUAGAGCUUAAUAAGUUA